CGGUAGUGGUACUGAUGCGGGAUGAGUCAGGCUAUAUGAUGCUGCUGCUCCUGCUGCCAUUUCAUCAGCAGCGCAAACCCACAAACACACACAACAAACACAGAAAUGAUACCGCGGGAUUCCCCUCUGACAGCGAGCAUCCUGCCCUCAUAAACAUCUACGCUCGUCGGUGUCGAAAGAGGGAACGGAGCCUUUUCUCGUGGUUUAUUCGUGGCUCCUCCUGAAAGCGCAGAUCCGUUUUUUUUUUACAGUGCACCUGCUCUGCUGUGCGUUUUUUCUCCCAUUUUCAGCUCUCGAUCGGGCCUGACAUUAACAAGGAAAUCAGCCCCGACUCCAGCAGGGGCCUAACCGUACACCAGCCCUCUGCCACCGCGAAGGUUUAAGGGACAAACAUCGACUCCCGGAGGCUUUGUCGCUGUUGUCGCCGCGUCCUGAAGGAUCGAUCCUCCAGCCAGACUUGUCGGUGCCAUGGAGCCCACAUCAGCCUGGUCCUGAGCAGCGUGAGAAGAGCAACCAUCCCGGCCUAAAGUCCACUCCGCUCCUGCUCCAAACAGACCGACCCCGCAGACCGGCAGAGCGACAGACAGGCACGGCCAAGUCAUGGAGGCGAUAUGGCUCUAUCAGUUCCGGCUGAUCGUCAUCGGGGACUCCACGGUGGGCAAGUCGUGUCUGAUCCGGCGGUUCACGGAGGGCCGCUUCGCCCAGGUGUCGGACCCCACCGUCGGCGUGGAUUUCUUCUCCCGGCUGGUGGAGAUCGAGCCCGGGAAGCGGAUCAAGCUGCAGAUCUGGGACACCGCGGGUCAGGAGCGCUUCAGGUCCAUCACCAGGGCUUACUACCGUAACUCUGUGGGCGGGCUCCUCCUGUUUGACAUCACCAAUCGUCGCUCCUUCCAGAACGUCCACGAUUGGCUGGAGGAGGCUCGAAGCCACGUCCAACCCCACAGCAUUGUCUUCCUAUUGGUCGGCCACAAGUGUGACCUGGAGGCGCAGCGCCAGGUGACCCGCCAGGAGGCAGAAAAGCUGGCAGGAGCGUAUGGGAUGCGCUACAUCGAGACGUCGGCCCGUGAUGCCAUCAAUGUGGAGCACGCCUUCACUGAGCUGACCAGGGAUAUCUUUGCCUUGGUGCGGUCCGGCGACAUCACAAUCCAGGAGGGCUGGGAAGGCGUGAAGAGCGGGUUCGUCCCCAAUGUGGUUCACUCCUCCGAAGAGGUGACCAAGAGUGACCGCCGCUGUCUCUGCUGAUCUGGAAAGAGUUUUGAACGAUGGGACUGAAGGGGAGGGAAGGAUUCAAAGGGGAGUGGCUGACGGACUGAGAUGUCGGCCCUCUGACUGAAACUGUCGGCAACUCCUGUUUUUCUUUCUUCAGACUGAAUACUGGAGGGGAUGUUUGAGGAAUUUCAAUGAAAAGGCUGGUAGAAGGCAGCAACGAACACCUCAAUCACUGGUGGAUAGCUGAAGGGUUGCGCCUAUUUCUAAGUUUUAUUUUUCGGAGAGGAAGGAUCACAGAUGCUCAUUUACUUGUGAGGGCUCCCAUGAUUCAAUUCUUUUAGUUUUGUUGUGGGCUUCUUGCCUGAGAAUGCCUCCUUGAAAGUCUGAGAAAGGCCUUAGAGAGAGGAUCCAUUUUGGUUCUUUACCAAAAUGAGAUAACGCUCUUGACUCAUGUCAUCUUUCUUUCUCCCAUUAUCUCCUCCUUCACCUCUCCUCCCACUACUUCUUAACCUCUUCCUCUCCUCCAAUAUGCAAUUACAUGAUCACAUACAAGACGAUCAUUUUACGUUGGUGUCCAACAUCCUCCUAGCACAUAUCAUUCAGAAUAUUUUAGUCAGCACCCUUAGAUUAAACCUCCCUUGUUAGCAAGAAUUGUGUUUCUCUUUUGCUGACAUCUCACUCCACAUUCCACCAUCAGAGCUCAAUGGAGGAGUCCUGGAGGUCCUAAAUUUAACAAGGGAUAACAGAUUUCCUUCCCAGAGGCUUUAUUUUGUUGCCAGAGACCAUAUUAUUUCUCUGUGGAAUAAGUUAGGCCUCCAGUGAGCUCAAUGACAUUGACAAUAUGGAUAUAUCCACUAUCAUUCUGCUAAACACCACACUAAAACAAAACACUGUCACCCAUCCAGUUCCUAAUGGACUCCUUAAGCAGGAAGAGACAACGUGUACAGCUUAACUGACUGAGGUGGACUUGGAUGGACUGCCCUUACCUGGGGACUUGUUAAGGGCUAAUAGGAACGCUGAAGCCCAGAAAGUACCUUUAUAUCCAAGUCCACCUUAACUUUGGGGAUUCAUUUGGGACAUUUGAGGGGUGCAAAUAAGCAAACUGGAGAUCAAUUAUUUGAAAGCAAACAGACAGGGACCAGACCACGCAGAGGAAAACUCGAUGAACGGACUCCACAAUAGAACCACAUUACCCACAAUGCACGCAUACGGACAGAACUGUACCACAACAUAGUCAGGCAAAGAGGGUGCAAUUGGCAGGCGUUAAAUCAUCCCAACACAGAUACAGGCACAGGGACACAACAAGGUUAAAUUUUGUUUAGAGCAAGUGGUUUACAUGCCUUUUUUUGUGUGUGUAUUCAAGUGUAACAUCACAUCAAACUUAAAGUUUCAGUUUAAUGCAUUCCAGUGUUACAGGUGGCAUGAUGGCGUUAAAAUGGCACUGAAUCAGCACUCAACAGUGCAAGAAAAGUUUGGGAAAUUUUCUUUAUUCGCUUUCUGGUAGAUGAGAAAUUAAAUGAGAAGAUCAACACCACUCUCGUGUCUGUACACUAAAUAUGAAGCUACCUCCAGCAGCCUGUUAGCUUAGCGCAAAGACUGAGGAUACGGGGAAACAGCUAGCUGGGCUAUCUGCGCAGUUCCAAUGGAGCUACUGUUCCUGUUUGGCACAAAACCCAUGCUAAAAUGAUGAAUUGUUCAUGAAUGUUGGAUAUAACUGUUUAAUUAGUGAGCUUUAGAGUGGGAUUUUGUUACUGCUGGACAGAGCCAAGCUAGCUGUUAGCUAGCUAGUAGCAGUCUUUUCACUAAGCUGUGCUAACCAGUUGCAUUGCUCGUCUAGGUGUAUAAAUUAACAUAUUUCCAACUCCCUUAAAAUGCGCAUUUAAUUUAUUGUUAGAUUAUUAUUCCAAACUGGGUGGUAGACUAUGGAUAUGUGCAGCAGGGUCAAUCAGACUCAUCUGCUGGUUGUUUAACACCAGUAAUCUACUACAUAUUCUUAUGAAAUCAACAUUUUACCAAAUAUAUGAAUCUGUUAACCCUGACAUAAACAGUAUAUUUGGCUGUAUUUGCUAUAAUUCAAUAAAUAAGUGUCAUUCAGACAUUGAGAAUGAACAGAAUGACUGUUGUAGCAGUUAAAUGUACCUUAAAUUACCAGCCAUAAUUACCUGGAUGGCUUGGUCUGCAUCUAAAAAUUUAUUUUAAGUGUUUUCUCCUCCCUCUCUCAAUAUGAAGAAAUUAUUUGUCUGAUUGAGAUACAACUGGAAAUGAAGGAAAAGAUGUGAUUUUUAUUGAGGACUUUUUAAAAACCCUAUGAUCACAACACAGAUUAUUUAUUUUUAAGAUGUACUCAUCCAAUAGUCAUUACAGUACUCUGUAGAGCAGCAAGGAAUACUGUAAGUGCUUCAUUUGCUCACACUGUAUGCCUUCUUUUCACAUUUCCAAAGAGUUUUGUGUGUGUCAUUUUAUUUUUACAUGAAUGUAUCUGUAGGGGAAGAGGUGAGAUUUUACACUCAGUUGUCGUAUAAGAAAUGUGUGAAUUAGAAACAUUUCCAGUAAAAGCAGCACACCCUUUUCACCUCAAAAAGCUUUGCUGAUGAGACUUGAUAGGAAAUUAUUCUAAUGAUAGUCCAUUUCCACAGCUAUACAUGCUGCAUUAUUCUUUACUGAAGUGAGUGAAAUGCUGUUGCUAGACAGAAAAGAUCGAUCUGCAAAAAUUCUCAUAGGAAUUAAAAAGUUCUCCCUGAUGCCUUUGUGUUUUUGAUGGUUAUGUUUUUAUCCUGCAACAGCUUAUAUUUUGUUCCUCUGACUUGCUGUAUCAUCAGCGGUGCUUUCUACUGAGGCACUUUUACAUGUUCCCAAGUGGCUGUCAUGGAGUAGACAGUUCAGAAGUGUUAAAGUCUGUGUGGGUUGGUGUGGAUGCAGUCUCCAGUGUGUGCAGCUCCUCCUUGCCUGCAAAGACUUCUUCUCCAGAUGUCAGCCAGCUGGUAGAUCUGCUGAACUGAACAGCGUCUAUGUUCUUUCAACAUAAAGCUUGUCACAUCUAACUAAUUUCAAAAUGUUGCCAAAGAUUGGAGGAGUUUUAAAAAUGUUGGCAGUUUAUUGUUAAAAAGAACAUAUCUUCUUGUCACAAAACCUAAAAGGAUAGAUUUUGAAAGUAAAAUAGCUAAAUCAGUCCUAAACCUGAUGAUAGUAAAUGGACAGGACUGGGUCACCAUUCAGCUGAUUCCAGUAAAACACAAUUCAAUCAGUGUGUGAAAUAAGCAGCCAGCAAUUAAACACUAAAGAUGUCCUGCUUUCCUAGAAGCCCAAUCAGUUGCUAAUGGUCUAGAAGUGGCUGUUAAUGUUUUUGACCUCACUUGACACUGCAGACUGUGAGUAAAGCAAAUUUGUUUCUUCCCUGGACUCUAGGAAGUUACAUGACAUUACUGAACUUGGAGGCAGCAUUUUUGGCUGAAUAUGCUGUCCACUUUGUCAAGUCUGUCCCUUUUUUUUGAUCUGAGGCUUGGCUUGGUGCAAAUAAAGACAUGAACAUUCAGAGUUGCUGACAAAGUCACCUCAGGACCCAUGAAGGAAUCAAGGAAGGGCACUUUGAAGGGAACUGUUGGUAUGAUGGAAAGUAAGUUUCAUGUUUGACAGCAAAGCAAUCAGCUUUUUGGCCCAUGUCCAGAGAAACGUACAGGGUGAUUUACUGGCACUGAGCACUUCUCUGCCAGUAUCCUUGGCAGUGUUUGGUUUCACUAAGGCUGCUUUCGCACAGAAUACAUAACACUGCUGGACUCGCUUCCACUGUCAGUAAAGUGGUUGCUAUCAGUACAGCUGCAACCACAGACAGGCAGAAAAUAGGUUUCUGUUGCAAUACAACUUUAUACUCAAAGGAAUAGUUCAGCAUUUUGAGAACUACACUUAUUCGCUGUACUGCACUUUUACUCGCUCUUAUCUCACUUGCUAAAUCUGUGUAAAAACCAAAAUGUGAUAAUGUAUAUUAUUAUGCUAAGCUAAGUUAACCAGCUGUAGUUGUAUAGCUACUGUGCAGAUUACCCCGUUUGUACCUCAAAUGUACUAGCGUUAGCUUUACAUUUGUAUCACAGAGCAAAACAUGCAUUCCUCUGAAAGACAAUUACCCAGUCAUGUUUGAAAAAGAAGUUUAAAAAGACUUCCUGCAGUUCUGAAGGUGUUAUAAUGUUAUGCUGCAUGAUAAGGAGAUUUUUAACCCAUUAUCUUAACUGCAACUCGUGCAUGUUUUCUAUCCAGGUAACCACCAGCAUCUUUGUUCACUUUAGGAAACACAACUGACUAAAAAUAGAAAUGGGCUAAAAAUUGGUUUUAUCAUUCAGUGGAUGGAAGCUUUUCAGGCUUCUAGAAAUGCAUGCUUUGCUCUGUGACUCAAAUAUAACGCUAAUGCUAAUACAGGAGAUGUAUAGACUGGGGCUAAUAUGGACAGCAAGUAUGAAACUACAGCCAGUUUACUUUGCUUAGUUUGGCAUAAAUAUUGAAAAUAAGGGUAAACAGCGAGCCUGGUUGUAUCUAAAGUUGAUGAAAUCCCCCGUUAGCACCUGUAAAACUCACAGAUGAGAGAUAACGCCCUGUAAAAGCACAGCGUAUUGUUUUUACACUUUGGUUUUGUACGGAUGAAACAAAUGAACAUGUUAUUUAAUGAGUUUUAAGUAGAUUUAGUCACAUUUGGACAGUGCCAGGCUAGCUAUUUCCAGUAUUUGUGUUAUGCUAAGCUAACCAGCUACUGCAUGUUGCUUCAUACGCACAAACAAGAGAGUGGUAUUGAUUUUUUCUAACUAGCGACAAGAAAACAAUAAGCAAAUUGUUGAAAAUGUUGGCAUAUUCUUUUAAAUUCUACCUUUUUUUUGUAUCUGUAAUGGAUGGUGAUUUAACCUAUCCACCUACCGCCAAAAUUUGGAGGUAAAAUGGUGGAUAUGUGUCAGCCCUGUAUUCAAAAGCAUGUAUCUGUUGGGUGAUGACUAUUUCCUGCCCUCAGUGUGUCCCUUCAUCCCAGAGGAACCGUGGUACAACAACAAUCUUUCACUUGUUCUUUUCAACCCUGUUGAGCUGUACAGUAUACUGUAUAUCACCAUCUUUAAUCCUGCUGGGUUAAAGCAGACAGUCUCUCUUCCUCUGCUCUAGUUAUCUAUCAAUGAACUGUACUAAAAAAAUAAAAUGUGACUGGAAAAUAAACAUAUUCUCACUGCUAUUUAUUACAUAAGAUGGUUGCUCUUUUGGUCUUAGGUUGCUUACACAUUAAUGCAUCAGUAUUAACAAUCUAUUAUCAUGUAAAAUAAUCUGUCACAGAGCAUGCAGCACACCAGUAUGUGCAGGAUCUCUGCCCACACUUGCAGCGCUGCAACAACAUCAGCUGUCAGAAGCCUACAGAGCCACACAGUGGCUCAGUGGUGAUACUGCAGCCCUCAGCAACACAGUCACGGUCACAUGAACCUGAUAAUUGUUGCUGUGUGGAGUUUCUCCGUGUCGGUGUGAGUUUGUUUCGGUGUCCUCCCACACUCCCAAUUUGGACAAUAAAAUGUUUUAACUGUAUUUCUAACAUUUGACAAAUUCCUUCUGAAAUUAGAGUUAUAAGGCAGACAAUGUGGAUUAGUUGACCAUGGCACAAAUACAGAAAUAAAUACAUACAAGUCAAGACACAGAAAACAUUAUUUAUCUAUUGACCAUUAAUCUACUUAUUUAUAUUUUUUGGAUUAGCUCGAUUACAGUAAUUAUUUAUUUCUUGAGUCUUGUAAGGACACUUGUUUGUAAAAAAACAACCAUUUGACUGUUUUAUACUUUAUUUAAUCAAAUAAUUGUUCAAUCAUAUUUUCUAUAAACAUUGUUAAUUGUCUAAAUGUUGUUUCAAAGCCUAUCAUGAAUAAAAUUCUGGUGGAAAAAUAAUAAAUAUUGUAUUGUGGUCAUAGCUAAAGGUGGCAACACUACCACUUUUUCACCAUCUGAAGCGAAACCACAGAUAGAGUUAUGACAAAACCCAGAAAUGGUGUGAGGACCAGAGUUUAUCCGCUGUAGCUGGUGAUGUGCAGUGUUCGUGCUUUGACUGAGGGUUUAUUUGAUAGCUGCUGUUUACCCUUGUUCUUAAAAUUUGCGGUCAGUUUUAUGAGGUGACAAUAUUUAUACUGCAGGCUCAGAAGAAUUUCUAAACGUUACGGUAAUUCCCGUUGUUAUUUCCAGACAGACAUGAAUGAAUGAAGUGCUUUAUAAUUAUUUCCUUGACAUUUGUGGUCCGUCAAACUGUACAUCUUCAAACUGCAGCCAUGUAAAUUGAUGUUAUGCAAUUAUGUGCUGUUCAAAAGGAAUGAAGGGACUUCUUUGUGUCCACAAUUGACAGUUGUGUUCCUUUUGCUCUGUAUAACUCUCUCCAAACAUCUUUUCUACCUUGUCUAUGAGAAGUUCUCAUCAGAAAAUAAACAACACACAGAGAACCAGGUCAAGGUCUCGUCUCUUUGCCCAAAUGUUCUUCUUUUACUUCAUUCAUUGUUUAAUGAGUACAGUGAGAGACAAAUAAAUACAGACAGAGCAGCGGCAAAAAGGAGAGGAGGUGAAAGAGGAGCGUAAGGAGAGGAAGAGAUGGGCAAGUGUGGAAAGUCAAAGGACGGAGGAGGACGACAGUGAAUCCUUCCGAACUCCUAAAAGUCCUGAAGUGAAAACCAGAGCCACAAGGCAGAGCUAGUUUUAUUCUGUAUUCUUCUUCUGUUGUAGAUCUUUGCCAUCCUACAAGCCUGAUUCUACGGAGUUUAAUGGCAACUGUGUUUUUACAAUAACUCAAGUAAAAGUCCCACAUGUGAACGUUGUUGUAGGCUGAGAAAAAAAGCCAGAAGUGUCAGGUCUGUAAGGAGGAGGAAGACUGCAGGUAGGAAAAGACGAUGCAAGAGAACCCUCACUCAUAAUCUGCCGGAAAAUAACAGGAACAUACUGAAAUCAUUAAAAAGAAUACAAAAUUGCCUUGUUGCCUUUGUUUUUUUUGUUAGUUUUUACUUGAAAAAAUACUUUAAAAAGUAACAAAUCAACAGAAAACAGUAGUGGUGGAAGUCUUGAGCUUGACUGGAUAGAAGACAUAUUUAAAA